AUGGCCGAAAAGCCCACCAGGAAAGAGCGCAGAAAAAGCUUGAGCGUGUUUGGCGCGUCGACGACCUCCGUUCCCGCCCGCCCUGCCGUUCACCCUGCCGCCGUCCACAGCCGCUCCCCUUCGGAUGACUACCAAGUGCUGAAGAAGAAGGGCCGCCGCAACUCGGGCUUCUUUGGCAGUCGCAAUCCCAGCCCCGUUCGAGCAGCGCCGCCUCAUCAUCAGUCAUCUGCCCCCAACAGCAACCCCGCAGUCACCGGCGCGACUUCCUCCUCUGCCACCUCUGCUGCCACCUCUUCCGCCGCCGUCAACGACGCGAUUUCAUCGCCGUCUCUGGCCUCGGGUUCUUUCGCUGUUCCCGAUGGCAUUGGCACCCGCCCGCGCCGGAAAUCAGUCCAGAAGAAACGGGGGUCGAUGUUUGGCUCUUUUCGAUCGCUACAUUCGUUGGAAGACGACGAGAAGUCGCUCGGCCGCUCCAGAGGUUCGUCCGGCGAUGAUGAUGACCACCGCGCGGGGAUCGGCUCCUUCAUUCUGCACUACGGGGAGGUUCAGACAACCGGAGGCAUGUGGAGGAAGAAGAGCCAGUAUCUCGUUCUCACAGAUACCCAUCUCGUGAGAUUCAAGAACUACAGCAAGGCCGCCGAAACUUUCCCCUUCAUCGCUGCGUCGUACGGCCGUAACCAGCCGGGAAGCCGCCAGUCAAUCGCCUCUGUCGUCUCCUCGCACGAUCCACAACUCUCGGCCUACAGCGAUUCGCUCUCCGGUAUCCCUCUGAACAGUAUCAUUGCCGUCUACAUGCUUGACGAUGGCCGCCUCUCGUCCACGGUGGAGGUGGCUUAUUUGGAUGAGCGCAUGCAAAAGGCUGCCUUGAUCCAGAUGCAGACGUCAGAUCUGCAGGACUUGAACCUCUGGAUGGUCGGAAUCCGCUCUGCAGCCGAGAUGGCGCGCUCGGUAGAUCCGCUGCCCUUUGACCCAAGGUCCGUCGAGUAUGUCGCCCGUAUGCUUGAGUACGAGAGAGACUACGAUCCAGAUACAUUCCGCAUGUUCCGUGUGAUCCAGAUGGCUUCCAGCAAGUCUAUGGCUCGUUCCUCGUCUGACGAUUUGACCAAGCUCUCCCCAACGGGCUUCUAUCUGGCAGUGGGGAUGCAUAAAGUUCAUCUCCUGCCUAUGCAAAAGGUUGCUAAUCGCGCGUCGAUCGCGUCAUUGAAUGAUCUAGAGAUGGGAACCUCAUUUGGCUUGAUGACUUUGACGAGUCUAUCAAUGGAAUGGGGCGAUGACAGCCUCCAUCUUACGUUCCGACUUCCACUUCGCAAGCCAUUUUCUAUCUUCAUUGCAUCGGUCCAUUCGGCAGAGGUUGCAUUUUGGUUACGACAACAUACCGAGUAUCUCCGUCCCUUGUGGAUUCGACAACCGUACGAUUUCAUUGUUCCUCGCGGGUUGGACAACGAGAACAACUUCCUUCCGGUAGAGCUCGAUGAAGAUUACGGCUGCUUUGACCGGACUCUAGUCGCCUAUUCUGCGAGCUAUGAAAUCGACACAUCCAACAUACGUUACACCAUCGAUAUGCAGUGCGAAGAUGCACCCUGCUUCAAACUUCUGCCGCCGGCAUCCAAGAGACGACAACGAUACACCGCCUUGGAAUUGAUUGCAGUCUUUCGUUCACUGCGGUACAAUGAGUCUUUCCGGGGAAUCUCGUUUAGUAGAGUAAAUCUAGAUGCUCUCGAAGGCCUGCACGACAGCUACGGAUCGGAUAUUGACGCAAAUCUCAGCCGCGCCGAGUCCCGCAUUUCCAUUCCAGGACAGGAAAACCUCAGCAUCUUGUCGCAGGAAAUACGAGCCUUGGCCCUGAAAAGCAAAUGGCUGAGACGGUUGGACUUCUCCUACUGCCUUUCCCGAACACCCACUUUAAACGGCGGGAGUCGUGAUCCGGGGUGUGGGAUUCCUGAGGCGAUCUUUCCGGUCUGUCGACGGGAACUCACCAGUGUAGACUGGGUCGUUCUUAACGGAAUUAAGCUUGGAGACACGGAUCUGGAUUAUAUGGUAGAUGCCGCAUCGCAGAGAGGCAGUCACUUCCGAGCUGUCGAGGUUGGAAACUGUGGACUGUCAGUGCAUGAUCUUGAUCUAUUCCUAUCGACCAUGGCCGCGCAGGAGUCCACCCUGGAAUCGAUAAACAUAUCAGGGGUGCAGGGGCGCUUGAGCCCGGACGUGCUGCAACAGCACAUUGGAUAUUUUGGGCACAUCACGACUCUAGAUUUGUCGCGCAUCUCAAGGACAUCCGGCCCUGAGCCGCUGAUCACCGCCGAAACUUUAUUUAACUGGCGUUUACAAGAGCUUUCCCUGAGUCACACGGCAGUGAAUCGAAACACCGUUGACGCCCUGGCGACCUAUCUCGCCAGCAAUAACUCCCGCGGCCUCCGUAUGGUCCGGUUGAACCAGUGCGGUCUCACCGGCGAGGAUGUGGCGACGUUUCUCUAUGCCAUGGCGCAUGAAGUGGGAUGCGCGCGGCAACUUCAUUUAUAUGUGAAUGAAAACCGCCUUGACUCUGGCUGCUCACCUCUAUUCGAGGCCAUUGCCCAGAACAAGACGCCUGCCUCUCUGUCCAUGCGGAUGAUCGAUUUCAAAAAGGAGGAACAUUUCCGGGAACUGGUGGAAGCUCUGAGAGUGAACCGGACCCUGCGAUAUCUGGAUAUCUCCAAGGCGUCUCUUCCAUACGAUGCGGGACCCGAGACUUGCAAAUCCUUGCAGCUGAUGUUUGAAGAAAACAAAACACUGGAAGAUCUUGACAUCAGCGGUGAAAGUGCACACUUGGAUGUGGCUCGGUUUGGAAUAGGACUCAACCUGGCGCUGACCGGCCUAAAGAAGAACAAAUCCCUCAAAGUGUUGCGGAUCGAGCAUCAGAAGCUUGGCUUGCAGGGGGCAAACACACUAGCGUCUGUUCUGGAGGACAACACAUGUCUCCGUGAGGUAUACUGCGAGAACAACGAUAUCAACCUGCAGUCCUUCACCGUGCUUGUCAAUGGCCUGCAACGUAAUCGUUCACUCCUCAGCCUGUCCUGUAUGGACCGAGAUCGAGUCCAAUCGCUUGAAAAGGUUCGCCGGGAGAUUGAGAGCGUCAAUCGCGAUGCGCACCAGUCCCAGCAUUCAACUGCCAACUCCUUCCGUCGGUCUUUUCACGCGGCCAUAAGCGUGGGACACGGAAACAAACUCAGCAAAGUCCCAUCGGCAUCUAUGCAUUCUCGCAGUGCAACAUCAAGCUCUGCCGCAUUGGCGCCCGCUCCAUCCUCCUCGUUUCAAUCAUCAUCAUCACCAUCAUCGUUGUCAUCGUCGUCAUCGCCUUACGCAGACCAUAAUGUGGAAGUGGUCAUGAAAUCGUUGAACCAAAAGUGGGACGCCGAAGUGGCUCGUUUGCGCCGCUAUCUGUACCGCAACUACCAUAUUGCAGAGGGCGUACAUGACAAUUUCCAAGACGGCACGCAUGACCAUGACGACACUACGAGUGACAGCCGCCCGACGACUGCGAAAAGCCUCACUACGAUGUUGGACAAUCUCAAGCUUGAAGUCACUGUAUCAGAAAGAGAGAUCCAUAGCGGUUCUGAGAAACUUCAUCAGCCUCAGCUAAGUAUCGUGGCCGAAGAUAACCAUCCGCAAUACGACAAUAGCGUGCUAGAGAUGUUCCAAGGUCUGGAUAUCGACCAACCUCGCUCUCCUGUUGGUGUUGGCCUUCGCCCUCAGACUGCGCCUUUCUCUCUAUCCGAGGGGUACUCACAUCAAGAACCCUCCUCAUCGGCCUUUUAUUCCGAGUGCGCCCCGCCCUCCACCUCUUCUGGUCGACUUGCACUCCCCAUAUCGACCCUCCCCCGCGCUGGCAGCAAGAAAGCGAGCAGCGUCCGCAGCGCUCAAAGCUCCAGCACGCUCUCCACCAGUACCGGCUCGCGAAGCGCAUAUGCCGCGACAUCUUCGACACUACGAGGCUUACUUAGCCGUACCACGUCCAAAGAACAGAAAAAGCUAGAAAAGUCCAAAACUGCCCAGAUCUACGUCUCGCACGAGAGACCCCCGCAGCUUGACUGGACGCCUCCAAAGGUGGACCUUUAG